AAAAGCUUGCUUUUCAGUGCUCGGUCUGUCAACCAGCAGACUGGCAAAGACCAACCCACCACGACUUCUCGUCGUCCUCCUCCUCUUUCGUGGUUACGGGGUUCGGAAGGGGGGCGCAUUUGGAUUUGGGUUUCCUCCUAGUCCUCUCUCGGCGGCCAUCGUCCUAACGAUCCCGUUGAGGCGCCGCCUGCGAGUUUCGUCCGUUUACCGCCACCCUCCAAACCGUCCCAAGGCCGCGACAAGAUCUCCUCUACGGCGAUCUUCUCCGCCCGAUCCUCCCCCCGCUGGCGAUGGUUAACGUUAUGAUGAAGACCAAUCCUGACCCAGUGGUUCUAGCUAAAGCCAUGAAAGCUAGAAAAAGCGUUGUGCAAAUCUAUCACGUCAAGAAAAUUGAUGGGAAGAAGUGCACCACUAGCUCCGGCACUGGUUUCAUCAUCAAGACCAGAGAUGCAGAUUGUGUUGUGGUAACUAACAGGCACGUGACUGCUGGAGAGGAACCUUUCGACGAAGCUAAUGACAAGCUCUUUGUUAGAUUUAUCCGUGGGAGUGGUGGAGUUGAGGACCGACCUGGUCUUCUAAGGUUUUAUGACUUCUUCGUGGACCUUGCUUUUAUUGAAGUCCAAGGACUGAGGGGGAAAAUGCCACCAGCUCUACGUUUUACUAUGGCAAGUGAAUUGCAAAUUGGGACAAGUGUUGUUGCCAUUGGCUACUGCAAUACAAGUGGCGUGACACGGCCAGAUCCAGAUAUGCCUGAAGUUUAUGCUAGGAUUCCAUCGGUUUGCCCUGCAUUGAUUGCUGGACCAGUGUGGCGAAAGGGAGAAGAUGACAAGGAUGAGGAAGAGGAAGACGAUGAAGAAGAAGACGAGGAUGAAGGGCACGAACAGUGGCUGCACCUUGACUCUCCAUCGAGGGAUGGAUGCUCAGGAGGCCCUGUGAUGUGCGCGCGUGGUGUCAUUGGAGUCGUUGCUCAGGCUGCCCUACAGAUUACUGCGUCCGUUAGCACUGAAUCAGUACAUGAAGUGCUGAAACGGUGGCUCGGCAUUCCAUUGGAGGAUGACAGGAGUGUGCAGGCGAUCAUCGAUACAUUACUGUGAUCGCGCCUUGACGGCUGCUACUUCGCUGUGGAGUCAGGCUGUGAAUUGUGAACUUUGACAUGUUCGCCUUUUCAAGGGCAUACCGUGUCAUUUUGUUCUCCAUGAGAAACCAGAAGAAGCAAAUGUACUGUUUAUGUACAAACGUGUGACGUUUUUGGAGUA